GCGUGAUGCGCUAGCAGAGGAUCGUCCCCUGCCCCCCAUACUGUCUAUCCCGGCCUGACUCACGGUCUCUCAUUUUGUUUGAAAGUUGGCAAGGGGAAUAAAUGGCAAGACCGAUGCCGCUUGGAACGGCGAACGAAAAUCCUGCCCGCCCAGGCUGCCCGUUCUCAACAACAUUGGAGACGAUAGAUGGCAGCUCACGCACCAGUCGCCGAGAGCGUCUCGACGCGAGAGGGCACGUCCCCUGUCUCUACGUACACCCCGUCCCAGAUUCUGAACUACCUGGAUCACAUAUCGUUCCCGCUCCCGCUGUCUUUCCCCCGCAACCCGCAGGCGCUGGCCCUUCUUCACCGCCUGCAAAUCAGCACUAUCCCGUACGAGAAUCUCUCGCUGCACUACAACCCACACCACAUCAACGAUAUAGAUCCCCAGGCGCUGUACCAAAAGUUUGUCGGCCCACCGAGCCGAGGGCGAGGAGGAUACUGCUUCGAGACGGCGGUGUUCUGGUUGAACAUAUUGCGAGGCCUUGGCUUCACGGCGUACCACUGUCAGGCCUCGAUCCGCCUGCGGGAUGGGCCGGUCCCCCAGGGCGACUUUGUCGGCCCUCGCCAUGUUGUCACUAUCGUCGAGUUUGGCACCGAGCGCGAGCCCGAGCGCUGGGUGACGGACGUCGGAUUCGGCGGCGACGGGAUGACCGCGCCCUUACCGCUGAUCCGUAGCCUCGGGCCCGGGUGCGAGUACCCGGUGCACAAGAACCUGGGGCCGCAGGAGGUGAGGAUCACGCGUGGCCUGUACCCUGGCACCGUGUCGGGAGGGGAAGCCAACAAGGUAUGGUUUUAUGAGUACCGCAAUAGCCCAGAGGACGACUGGAACCGGUACUAUGCGUUUGGUGACCACGAGGCAUCGAGAUGGGAUCUGGAGUGUGCCAACUACUGGGUCUCGUCCCACCCCGAGAGCUUCCAGAGGAGGCAGAUCCUCGUGGUUAAAUUCCUCAGGGAUUCUUGUGGAGAUACAUGGAAGAAGGGAUUGGUCAAGGCCGCAGAUCCAGGCGACUCGGACUCGAUCACGAUUCCAGAGGUGGAAACGAGUGGGAAAAUCAUGCUUGCGCACGGGGUGGUGAAGAGGAAUCUCGGUGGCAAGACAGACAUAGUGAAAAUAUGCCGCACAGAGGAGGAGCGGAUCGAGGUGUUGAAGGAUUAUUUUGGUAUCACACUUAGUGAUGAGCAGAGACAAGGCAUAAAAGGAUUCGAGACGGCUCUGGGAUGACAUCCGGAGCAUGUCAACUGUCCACACGAGUCAUAGAAUGUUGAUGAAGCGCUUGGAUAUUUCCUUCCCACACCUAUCCUUAC